AUGAAUGAACUAAAUCUGCUGCUAAACGUCCAACCCUUUUUAGCCGGGGAUUUAGCCACAGAUUUAGCAUAUCCAGUCACCACCGAGAGAGGCAAAAUGAGAAGGCUAAAAAUGCCGCCAUUUCGCUCCGUGCCGCCAUUUCGCUCAGCCUCGCUCCGCAUUGCUUGUCAUUUCGCCAGCUUUACCAGUGCUUAUUCAGCCAGUACUCUUACCAACACCAUGAGUAGUAGUAAUAGUAAGAGGAAGAGAGUUGCCAAAGAUGUGGCUCCUGAUGAGGAAGAGCAGCUUGAAGAAGAGGAAUCGAGUGACGACGAUUCCACAGCGGCUAGUGAAAUUGCCGCCAAGCUCAAAGCCCACAUUUCCUCACCCACCAGGAGGACACCAGAGAGGAAAUGCAAGAAGAAUCCUGCUGUCAUUACCGGUCUUGAAUCUGUAAAGAAGACUUUGACGAAGCCUCCGUCUGCGGUGAAAGCCCCUAAAGGCGGUAGAGGCAAAGGCAAAAACGGCAAAGGCAAGCCGGUGACUUCCACCAAGAAGAAGAGGAACAAAAAUGGUGAUGUCAAGAAUGAGGAUGGCGCCACUCCACAGCGCCAUCUUACCGACUACCCCUACUUCAAUCCACACAUUACCGAGGCGGAUGCCGAAAAGCAAGUCGAGGAAAUUCAGUCCAAAGCAAAACCUCCACCGGCAGAUGGCUCUGCCGCAGCCAAAUCAAACAACAACAAUUUGGCAAUGGCAUCUAAGAUAUCACGCCCCCCUGGCACAAAGCAAGCCAAAAAAGACUAUGCCAUGGCACAGGCUAUAAGUGCUGCGGAAGCACAAAAGAAUCAGCAUUUUGCUAGUCUUGCUCGCUCCCAGCAGCUUUUGGCGGAGUCCGUCAACAAUCGCAACAAUAUUAAGACGCACUCCAAGUUGGCAGAGCUCUUCCUCAAGGCUGGUAAAAUGAAUGACUUUGAGUUUCAUUUGGACAAGGCAACACAGCUCCAGACAGAUUUCGAAGCCAAAAUGAAGGCACAGGAAGAGGCAGAGGCAAAGGCCAAUGCCAAAGCUGAUGCUCCGAAAAAGCCACCAGCCCAGGUUGUUGUCAAUGAAGAAGACAGUGAUGCUUCCUCUAUUUCCAACGGAAAACCUACCGAUUGA